AUGGUGGUGGACGCGGCCAACUCCAACGGGCCCUUCCAGCCCGUGGCCCUGCUGCAUAAAUCUGUGUUUCAGUUUGCAGUUAACAUGUUUCGAACAUUACCACCUUCCUCCAAUCCCACGGGAGCAGAAUUUGACCCCGAGGAAGACGAGCCCACGUUAGAAGCAGCCUGGCCUCAUCUACAGCUCGUUUAUGAAUUUUCCUUAAGAUUUUUAGAGUCUCCAGAUUUCCAACCUAAUAUAGCGAAGAAAUAUAUUGACCAGAAGUUUGUAUUGCAGGUUUUAGAGCUCUUUGACAGUGAAGACCCGAGAGAGAGAGAUUUUCUCAAAACCACCCUUCACAGAAUCUAUGGGAAAUUCCUAGGCUUAAGAGUGUACAUCAGAAAACAGAUAAAUAAUAUAUUUUAUAGGUUUAUUUAUGAAACAGAACACCACAAUGGCAUAGCAGAAUUACUGGAAAUAUUGGGAAGUAUAAUCGAUGGAUUUGCCUUACCGCUGAAAGAAGAGCACAAGAUUUUCUUACUGAAGGUGCUGCUGCCUUUGCACAAAGUGAAGUCUCUGAGCGUGUACCACCCUCAGCUGGCGUACUGUGUCGUGCAGUUUUUGGAAAAGGACAGCACCCUCACUGAACCUGUGGUGAUGGCACUUCUCAAAUACUGGCCAAAGACGCACAGUCCGAAAGAAGUCAUGUUCCUCAACGAGCUGGAGGAGAUCCUCGACGUGAUCGAGCCCUCGGAGUUCGUCAAGGUCAUGGAGCCUCUCUUCAGGCAGUUGGCCAAGUGUGUGUCCAGCCCACACUUCCAGGUGGCAGAGCGGGCGCUGUAUUACUGGAAUAACGAGUACAUCAUGAGUUUGAUCAGCGACAACGCAGCCAAGAUCCUACCCAUCAUGUUUCCGUCCUUGUACCGCAACUCAAAGACCCACUGGAACAAGACGAUCCACGGCCUGAUCUACAACGCGCUGAAGCUCUUCAUGGAGAUGAACCAAAAACUCUUUGACGACUGCACACAGCAGUUCAAGGCCGAGAAGCUCAAAGAGAAGCUAAAAAUGAAAGAACGAGAAGAAGCGUGGGUUAAAAUAGAGAAUCUGGCCAAAGCCAAUCCCCAGUACACAGUGUAUAGACAAGCCAGCACCCAGAGCAUGCCGGUCGCAAUGGAGACAGACGGGCCCUUAUUUGAAGAUGUGCAGAUGGUGAGAAAGACAGUGAGCGAGGACCCUCGCCAGCAGUAUCGCUCCCUGCUCCCACCCGCGCCCGUUCACUGGAGCCAAAUCAGCAGCUUUGCCGUAACCACCGCUCGCCACGCUUGGCUGUCCAUGCUUCCUCUCCUCACGCUGACCCACAGACAGACCCUUAGUUCUCCACAGCAGCAGCGCUGA